AUAUACAAAUAAACACAAAGAUACGGCUAUUUGCAGUCGAUCCGCAUCAGCCAUGGACGCUCGUCUAUUUUUCUUUUAUUUGUUUGUUUCUGUUGUAAGUUCAGAAUUAGUGAGAAAGAAGAUAUGUAAAGGGGUUGAGACGCCAACGUGUAACAUCCAUAACGUACAUUUAGACCCUUGUCCUGAAGGACCUGCCUUCUGUCUCGUCAGACGAAACAAGCUUUACCAGGUCACUGUGGAUUUCACUCCUCAAUUUUCAUCAAGCAAUCUGAAACUGUCUAUAAAUGGAGACAGUGCGAAAGACGCCACCUUCAGCACUGCAAUACUCCCCCCCACCAGUGGGUGUGACGUCAUCACUUGCCCCCUACAGAAAGACACGCGGCAAAGCUUCAAUACAACAAUAUCUUUGAAUAAAAAGAGCCGAGGCAAAUUUCCAAUACAAGUUAAACUUUGGAACGAGGACAAUAGCGCCGACGUGUGUUGUGUUACAUUUAAUGUAAGAGUUUUGAAAUAAGUUGGAUAAUAAUAUUAUGUACAGUUGUGUAAUAAUAAAUAAAAAUAUUAUGAUAUAA